AUGGAUAGAAUAUUAUCAAAAUUAGUUAAAAAUAAUGAACUAAAUAUAGAUAAAAGUUUAGAAAGUGAAAAUCAUGAUUUAGACAAUAUAAAUGAAACUAUGAAUGGAAAAAAAAAAUUGUCUGUGAAUAGUGAAACAAAUGGUGAAAAUGUAGUUAAAAGGACAUCCCUUAGGAAAGUUAAAAAUGAAAAUGACAAUUUGGAAACAUCCUAUUUAAUUAAUACACGAAGUAAAGAAAAUAACAAAAAAAAUAUGUCUUCCAAAGGAAUUGAUAAAGGAAAAAAAAAUUCUUAUAUAAGGAAAUCACUGCCUAUUAAAUCAAAUAAUUCAAAUACUACUGAAAAUGAAGAAAAUUACGUAGCAAACGAUAAAAAUAACAAUUCAAAAGGUUUGAAAUAUACAAUUUUAAACUAUUUCAGGAGUAAUAGUAAUAAUAAUAAUAGCAAUGUCAAUAAUAAUUGCGAGGAAGACCAACAAAAUGACAGAGACAAUGAUAAUCAUGCCAGAAUUGAUAAUGAAAUUCGAAAUAUUCGAUCAAGUAGUGAACAGCAAAGUCAGCAUGACAUAGAAAUAAUAAAUGGAAAAGACGCUCAAAAAAAUCAAAGAAGAAAUACAUUCGAUUAUGAACUAAACCAAAAUAGUUACCUACAAAUGAAAAAUAAUAUAGAAAACAAUUUAAUGAAUUAUAAAAAAUGCAAAUUAGACAAUUUAAAUGUUGAAAGUUAUAAUAUAGACUCAUGUAAAUCAAAUAAUAUACAAAACGAUGAACAGACAGUAGGAAUGGCAAAUAGUAGUUUAUAUGGAAAUAAAGAAUAUACAAAUGAUGAUGAAAUUAGUCAAAUAAAAGAAACAAAUAUAUUAAAUAAUUAUAAUGAAAUACAUCCAAGUAUAAAAAAUAGUAUGGCUAGUAUUAUAGACACUAAUAAUAGCAGUAAUAUGCAUUUAUCUAAAAAUGGAUUAAAAUUAAGUGACUUACACACAUCGAAAAAUUGUGAUGCAUCAUUAUUAAAAAACAAAAAUUCAAUAUAUAAAUACAAAACGGGUGAAUCAUACAAUAAAGAAUCUGUAAAUAAUUCGAUGAUCAGAGGAAUAUAUCAAGGUAUUGUAGAAAAUCAGCGUUUCAAUAAUGGAGAUGAAAAUAAUUUAAAUGGUGUUCAAUUUGCAAAUCCAGGAAUUAUUAUAAAUGAUAGAAUGGCUAUGUCACAUUUAGGAAUAAAUUCAAAUGUUGAAGAAAAUCAAUUAAAAAUUUAUGAACCAAAUACAAGCAGAUAUGAAAUUGUACCAAAAGGUAACCAAAAUGAGCAUCUUUAUAAUUACAAAGAAAGAAAUAAAGAAUAUUUAGAUUUAAUGAAUAUCCCAUUUAAUAGAGAUAAUAAUGUAAACAAAGAUUUACUAAUUCGUUCUCUUCCAAAUAAGAAUCUACUAAAUGAAUGUGAUGAAGAAUUAUUUUCGAAAAAUAUAUUAAAUUUUGAAAACUAUUUCUCUUAUAAAUUAAAAAAAAAUAUAAAUAAUAACAUAAUAAAUAACAUAUGCAAUAUGUAUGAAAGUGAUGAAAAUCUUGAUGCUUUAAUAACCACUAAUAGAAGAAAAAAAAAUGACAGUCAUAAUAAAAAUUGUAAUGAAGAUUAUGGCAAACUAAAAUCAGGUACAUUUUUUAAUAUACCAGAUGAUUAUUUUGAAAGUGAAAAAUUAUUUAAAAGACCCAAAAUGAAAUCGAAAAAUAUACUUUUAGAUAAACAAAAUAUAGACAAUCCAACAAAUGUUCAACCUAAUGAAAAUAAAAACAUUUCAACUAUACUUAUGAAUCAUCAUGAUCUAUUAAUAAAUAAAAGAGAAAAAUUAAUUAUAAAUAAUGAUAUUGAUAAUAAAGAUGAUGAACAAAAUAGUAAUAAUGAUUUUUGGUUAACUAGCCGUAAGGAAUUUUUUAGUAAAAUUUGUAAAAAUACAAUAGAAUUAACAAACGAAGAAGUUGAAAAAUUAAAAGAAGUAGUAGAUUUUAGAGAUGAAAAAGGUAAUUAUACAAUUAACAGCAUUUUUAAUAAAUAUAAUGAAACUAUUGAUGAAGAACAUGUGUUAAAAGAAUAUGUAACAGAUAAUAAACUCAAAAAUUUUAGUUUAAAUCUAAUUGAUGGAUUUCUCUAUGAUAAACAAUCUUUAUAUGAAAGAGAGAUGAUUGAAAAUGACAAAAUAUUUUCACGUAUUCAUUAUAAUCACAAAAAUGCUGAUAUUAAAAUAGAUAAAUUAUUAAAUUUAUUUCCUCGUGAUUUUAUGAAAAAAUAUAAAAUUGUUAAAAAAUUGGGAGAAGGUGUAUAUGGUAAAGUGUUCAAAGCAGAAUCAUUAGACGAUUCCUAUCUUAAUUUUGCUGUUAAAGUAUUACGAUACUUUUGGCCAAAUUUUAAAUAUAAAUUUGGUUCUGAAGAAUUUGCAAUAAAUGAAUUUAAUAUAAUGCGUAUUUUAUUUCAUCCUAAUGUUGUUUGUUUAUUAGAUAGUUUUAGAGUUCAUACCUAUCGAAAAAAUAAAAUAAAAAGUCAUAGAGGUCAAAAAACUAAAUGUGAAACAUUAUCAGCUGAAUAUGAUUUUAGUUUUCAAAGACAUAGACGAAUGGAAAAAGUUCAAUAUUCACCAUCAAGAGAAACUGUUGAAAGAAAUAAUAAAUAUCGAAAUCUAGUAUCAAAAAGUUGUUUAACAAUAGAAGAAUUAGAACAGAGUCUAGUUCUUAACAGUGUUGACAAGGAAACAGCUAUUCAAGAUAAAGGAAGUUUAUAUAAUAGUCAUGCUGGAAAACUUGAUGAAAUGUCUACUAUUUUUACUAAUAAUAGUAAUGUAAAAAUGUUAAAUUAUGAUGAAGAAAAUACUAAUUUAGACAAUAACAAAAAUAAUCUGAUGUCAACAAAAUUGCAAAGAGAUAUAAAACGAGAUCGAAGUGGUGAUUUAUAUCAAUAUUAUCCUUUGAAAAAAAAAAUGAAAACAGCAAAUUAUAAAAAUGCUAAACGUAAUGAUCCAAUAAAAGUUAAAAACAGAAGUAUAGAUAAACUCAAAUUUAGAAAACAUUCUAAAAAAUUAAAAAAAAUUGAAAAUAAAAAUGAUGAUUAUAUUGAAAAUUGGGAUCUAUUUUUAGUUAUAGAAAAAUGUGAUUGUAGUUUAAAUGAUAUAUUAAAUAAAGCAAAAAAAAAACAUUUUUCAUUUAUUCAAGAUAUAAAAAAAGAUACAACGAAAUGUUUACCUACAGAAAGAAUAGACCUCUCCUAUGACCAUUUACAUAAUUAUGUAAAAUAUGUAUAUUUGCCAUUAAAAAAAAUUGAAAAUCGAUAUUUUUAUCCUGAUAUGCCAUCAUUAACAGAAAUGCAAACAAAAGUUAUUAUAUACCAAAUGUUACAAGGAAUUAAUCACUUUCAUAAAAAAUUUAUUAUUCAUAGAGAUAUAAAACCAGCUAAUACUCUUAUAAAAAAUAUACAAUAUUUAUCAGAUGGUCUUAAUGAUUCUAAAGAAUGGAUAGUUAAAAUAGCCGAUUUUGGUUUAGGUGUAUAUGAUCACUUUUUAAAAACUGAAACAAAAGAUUGUAAUAUUAUUACAUUACAAUAUAGACCUCCUGAAAUUUUAUGUAAUAGUACACUUUAUAAUUAUUCAGUUGAUAUAUGGUCUAUUGGUAUAACUAUGUGUGAAUGUUUAUUAGGCUUUGUUCCUGUUACAUCAAAAUUUGAAUCUUCUGUCUUAUUUAAAAUAUUAGUUUUUAGAGGAAUACCAGAUCAAAAUUUUGAUAACUUAUUAAAAAAGGAACUUGUUGGAGAAUUGCCAAAAUUUAAAGUUGAUCGAAUUAAAAUGUUAGAAAUUAUUUUUACCGAUAUUUAUGGUAGAAGAAUUUUAAAUGACAAAGGUCUUGAUCUUAUUGAUCAAUUUCUUAGUUAUGAUUAUAAAAACAGAAUUACAGCAAAUGAAGCUUUAAAACAUGAAUGGUUCGAAGAUGUCCAUUUAUACCUGAACGAGGAUCUCCUCAAUUAUUACAAGCGAAAUGGAACAUACUAUUUUUAG